GGUCUAAGCCCAUUUGCUUACAAAUUAGGAAAGGGAAAGUAGCUUCCAUCGAGCCAAGUAAGAGCUGGGGAGGAGAUGAAGGAAGUAAGAGCUCGGGAGGAGAUUUUGUUGUUGAUAAUAGCGGAGGAGAUCAGAGAAUCAGCAGUCCGUUAUUGGUUCCGGUUAAUCCUGGAGUUUCUCUCCAUCCCGAGUAAUUGUGUUGCUUUCCAAGUCAGGAGGGUGAGUAGUCGAUGGUGCUUUGGAGAGGAGAGAGUGAUUGCAUGCAUGCGAUCAAUUGUGAAGUCGCGAGAAUGGCGAGGAAGAAGACGGGAGUUUUGCUGGUGAAAUUGAACCGGAACCGGAUCCGAGUAUGGGAAAACUGGUUAAACGGUUCGCACCAUCACUCAAGGGUAAAUUCGUAAAUAGAGCUCGUUGCCAGCUAAAAACCACUUUACACGUGGGUGGCGACUAUUGGCUUUGCAAAAAAGCAAGUGGCCGCGAGUCAGUUAGAGGGCAACGAGGUAAUUUCCGCACACUCUUAAACAUCUUCCUUCUCUCUCAAGUCUCACACGCUCCCUCUCUCCUCUCACUCGAUCAUCGUCUCCACACCCAGUAGCAGAGUUCAUAGCAGAGAUCACAUCACAGAUCAUCUUCUCCACCAGUAGCAGAGUUCAUAGCAGAGAUCACAUCACAGGAUGGAGGACGUUGAUCCGCUGAAAGCUUUUGAAAGCAUAAUGGAGGACGUUGAUCAGUAUUAUCGAUUGGUGUACAGCAAAUUUAAAGAGUUGGAAGCAGCAAACAACGACCCAGCUCAUGCCCCUGUCAAAAUAAUUCCAAAUCUAAUCCACUCGGUCGCUGAUGAAGACAUUCUUAACCAUAUUAAAGCCGAAUUGCGACAAGUUGAAUGUUGGUUUGCAUUGACAUACGACAAGUACAGACAGGAACUAAACAAGAAUGCCAUGGCUUUCAUAGAUCGUGCCUCGGCUGGUAUAGCUCCUGCAUUACCUCCUCAUCAACCAGAAACGAGUGUUGCCUCAUCAUCAUCUGGUAAAGCUCGUGCGUCACCUCCAAACGCUAGUCCUCAUCAACCAAAAACGAGUGAAGCACCACUUAACUAUCCAGCUCGUGAUCAGCAACAAAGCUCUGCUUUGUAUGGUAGAAGAGGAGGAUUCAGUGAGUAUUCAGCUCGUGAUCAGCAACAAAGCUCUGCUUUGUAUGGUAGAAGAGGAGGAUUCAGUGAGUAUUCAGCUCGUGCUCAGCAACAAAGCUCUGCCCAUUAUAAUAGAAGAGGAAGAUUCAAUAACCCACCACGUCAGUAUUCACCUCAUCCCCCAGUUAAGGCUUACACUUCAGCUAAGAACGAUCUACCUAAGCAAACAUCUGGCGUGUCUAGUAGCAAAAAAUUCGACAAGGAAGUUAGUGGAGCACCUAAGGCACCUGUCGCGGCCAUCUCUAGUCCUCAGCACAGUCACAGUGAUGUGCCUUCAGGUCCUUCUGAUGCUGAGAUGAAAAAAAAAGGUAAGAAGAAGCUUGUAGAUGAAGUGACAGAAGAAGAAGGUUCUGGAAAACCUGACGUCUCGGCAGAUGAAGAAUUCGACAAGGAAGUUCCUUCAUCAGAUCCCUCUGAAGAGGAUGCUCCUCACCACCGGCUCAGUGAUGCUGAACCUUCAGGUCCAUCUGAUGGUCAGAUUAUGCAUGAGAUGAUGAAGAAGAACAGUAAGGGUGAGGAGGAUGUUCUGGAUGAAGUGAAAGAAGAUGAAGCAAAGCAAGCCCAAUUUAGCAAGGAUAUUACUUCACGAUGUGAGAUGUACUAUGAUGCUGAUUCAGCUCAUAUCUUCUGGUUGACUCAACCAAUGGAGACUUUGAAAGAUAUUCCAGACUUGAGUAUAGCGGAUGGGCCUAUUGUUUCCCCAAGCGAGGUCAGGCAAGACCCCUAUGCUCUUUCUUCUCAAUAUGAAUGGACAGAAUGUGAUCUGAAGCAUGAUGUUGAGUGUUCUCAAGUGGUGGAUCUUUUCACACAAAACUUCAGCGAUCCUGGAUUGCUCAGAGACAUCUUCAGCAAGGAUUUUCUGAGGUGGGCAUUGCAACCGCCUAACUACUACCCAAGAUGGCAUUUUGGAGUAUGUCUGAAGGAAUCCAAAGAACUGGUUGGCUUCAUCGGUGGCGUUCCAUCAAGAGUCAGGGUGCGGGGUAAUGAUGACGUUGUUAAUAUGGCUGCAGUCAAAGUUUUGUGUGUUCACGAGAAGUACAGGUCUCAGAAACUUGCUGAAGUAAUGAUCCAAGAGAUGACUAGGAGAGUCCAAUCAGAGAACAUUUGGCAAGGAAUAUUUUCGUCUGAUGUCAUUGUGCCUACUCCAGUCAGCUUUUACAGAUACUGGACCCGUGCUCUGAAUGUGAAGAAGCUAAUUUCUUAUGGAGUUUGGAAGCCACCUGGUGAUGAAUAUAUGUCGGUGGACACCGUCGAGGAGCUCUACAAGCUACCACGCAAGGUGGUGACUCGAGGAUUCAGGAAGAUGAUCCCUGAUGAUGUGACUUCUGUUACACAUUUGAUCAGAGAGUACCUCAGUCAAUUUGAAGUUGCCGAGGACUUCACUUCUGAGCAGGUCCAACAUUUUCUUCUCCCACGAGAAGGUGUGUUUCACUCCUAUGUGGUGUUGGAUAAAAAAACAUCAUCUGUCACUGACUUCUGCAGCUUCUAUAUCGUCAACUACUCUCUUAAGGGCCAUAAGGAACCAAUUAAGUUUGCCUACUCGUUCUACAAUGUCGCCACUACAAUUCCACUGGUCCAGCUGCUGAAGAAUGCCCUUGUCAUGGCUAAAAGGAAUGAGGUUGACAGUUUUUUAGCUACUGAUACCAUGGGUAAUGGAAGAUUUUUUGACAAGCUGAAGUUUGAAUGUACACCCAUCAUCAACCACUUUUACCUCUACAACUACCGUCUGAAGAGUGGAGUAAAACCUGAGAAGCUUGGAGUGCUAUUGCUGUAGUUCUAUGACACUUGUUGCCGGUUUCUUUGAUUGUUUUGUAAUAUUGCCUACGAAAUUGUUUUUACUUUUGAGACUUCUUGUUGCAUUGAACAGUUCUCGUUCUUGUUUGGUCUUUUACUUUUGAGACUCCAAAGACUU